UAGCUUCGUUCGUAUUCUGGGGAGAUUCAUGCUUGCUCGCGUUCUCGGUUCUUUACGAUGAUGGCGGUUAUAACAUAGCCCGUGCGAAAAAAGUUUGUUUGGCAACUAUUAUUUUAUGCUAACCUCUAAUCGACGCCGCUAAUCAUUUGCUGUUAUUCGCUAACGUACUUAUGCGGUUGUAUACUCGAUAUUUUAACAGGUAGUCGACGAUAAAUAAUGGCGUCGGGAUUAGAAAGUUAUGUGAAUCACACGGUUUCCGUUAUCACAUCGGACGGUAGGAAUUUUAUCGGAACACUAAAAGGUUUUGAUCAAACCAUUAAUAUAAUACUGGACGAAUCACAUGAGCGAGUAUAUAGUACAACGCAGGGAGUGGAACAAGUUGUUUUGGGUUUACAUAUUAUUAGAGGAGACAACAUUGCAAUAGUGGGAGAAUUAGACGAUGAAAUGGAUGCACGACUGGAUCUAUCAGCGAUACGAGCCGAGCCUUUAAGUUCUAUCGUACAUUAAUGUAUUAGAACUUAUACUCUAAAGUUACCAUCUGUUCUUGUUCCAACUUAAAAUAAAAGAACGUUUGUACACAUCAGAGAAAAAAGAAUACAUCUUGUACGGGUUGUAUAUUGUAUAAAAAUUUCCAUUUAUCGUAUAGACAAGAGCUUCUUAUAUAAUUGUAUUUUAAAAAGUGCAUGUAACUAAUACAGUGGUAUUUACAUUAAUGAAAUAAAGCACCGAGAACUUGCGUCGAAAGUGGCAAGUCUCAUCUGUACAAAAA